AAUCACAUGGCUGGUGAGAUUUAAUUCACUCUUUCAAGCAGGACUGACUUACUGAACAGUAAUCAUGGCCAUUAUGGGAGUGCAGAUGGUGGUCACAUUGUUAGUGGCAAGUAUUAUGCAGCGGGUGUCUCCUCACUACUCCUUUGGCAGAUGGUUGCUGUGUAAUGGCAGUUUGUUUCGUUUCAAACAUCCAACUGAGGAGGAACUGCGGACUUUAGCUGGGAAACAAAAACCUAAAGCCAAAAGAGAAAGGCGGACAAAUGGGGUGACCGAUGAGAAACCGCUAACUGUCCCCAAGGACAUAGACUUACGCUUGGAUACACAGCCAAUCACCACCAUUGAUGCCCUCGUGCUUCGCUAUUUCCUGGAGUACCAGUGGUUUAUAGAUUUUGCUUUGUACUCAACAAUUAUCUACUUGUUCACUGAAGCCUAUUAUUGUGUGGUGGAUGCCCAAAAUGAGAUAAACAUUGGAGUCCUUUGGUGCCUGAUGUCCAUUAUUUUCUCCAUCAAGGUCCUAUUUACUGUGAUGAAACACUACUUCCGAUCUGAGGAGGGUGGUGAACGGUCUGUCUGCUUGACAUUUGCCUUUUUCUUUCUUCUGAUUGCGAUGAUAGUAAUGGUUGUGCGAGACGAGUAUCUGGAGUUUGGGCUGGAACCAGGCUUGGCCAGUGUCUGUCACAAUCUAGAAAACUUUCUGGCACAGCGAGGCUGGCAGUGGUCAAUGCCCUUUGUAAAACUUGCAUUUAAAAUUGCACUGGUAGCCCUCUGUGCAUUCCUCGGUGGCUGCCUCACUUUUCCUGGUUUGCGACUGGCUCAGACUCACUUGGAUGCUUUAAAAAUGGCAGCUGACAGGCCAAUGCUCCAGCUUUUGCUUCACAUGAGUUUCCUGCCACCUGUUAUUGUGGUGGUGCUAUGGAUUCGUCCAAUCACCAGAGACUUUCUGCUAAAUGCACCAAUGGGAAAGGAGUCUGUAGAGCUGAUGUCUAACUCUGCCUACAAUACCUUCCGUCUUUGGAUAAUUGUGGUUCUCUGCCUUCUUCGCUUCUGCUUGACCCGCUUCCAUUUGCAGGCAUACUUGUGCCUUGCUGACCGCUGGGUGGAACAAAUGAAGCGAGAAGCAGGACGCAUCUCCAUGCUUGAGAUACAGCGCAAGAUUUCACGCAUCUUCUGUUAUCUGACUGUGGUUGCUCUUCAGUACCUAGCUCCAAUUGUCCUCACUUUUCACUGUGUUUUAAUGCUGAAAUCUUUAGGUGACUAUUCUUGGGGACUGUAUCCAGAACCCACCGGUUUCACUCCAGUAGUAGAUUCUUCUCCUGUGCAGUCACAUUCACCUACUUCAGAAGAAGAGGAAGAUACUGAAGAUGUCCAAGCUGCUGUGGAGCAAAUAAUGGGAGCGAUGUCUUCCUUACGAGGCCUAUUUACACCUUUGUUUUUCCGUGGACUCUUUUCAUUUCUGACGUGGUGGGUAUCCGUCUGCCAGAUCGUAACCAGCUUGUUUGGUCUGUACUUUCAUCAGUACCUGGGUGCUUCAUAGAGCCAAGUAGAAAGUUUUCAGCAAAGAGGGGACAGCUGGUGAAUUUACUCGGAGUUACAAUGGUAACAAUCUUCUUGAAACACUAUAGGUGCACAUACAAUCAAAUGCUUUUUUCUAGAGACCACAUGACCUGCACCAUGCUCAAAAGUGACCACCAUAAUUGAAAUAUAAUUGCUAGAUAUUAUUUAUAGAAUUACAUUACCAGUAUAAUAAUUAACAAAUUUUGUUGGAAACAGCUAUUGGUUGACAAUUAUAGGUACUUACAUGUAGAUAAAUUAAUAAAACUACCUAAAUACACAAUUACACAUGAUUUAGCUGAAGGGGCGAUCUAAUUCCACAUCUUAUACAUAGCUUUAUAAAUAUGCCUCAAGAUUUAGGGCACCCCUUUUCGUCCUUGUUUAUCACAUUGAGAACUCAGAAGGAAAUUGUUUCUGCUAUAAAACUAUAUGUAAAUAGCCCUUUUUUAUGAAUUAAUUAGAUGCCACCAAUUUUUACGAAAAGGAUCAGGAGAACUGUAGUUCUUUUUUUUACCUGCAUGGAGGUGCAGGCAGCUGCCUCUCUGAGUUAUUAUAAUGGUGUGGCUGCUGAAUAUCGGGUAACUGGAGCUGCAUGUUCCAUAGGUUGAAAGGCUGACUAUGCAUUUUUUGUAAAGAUUAGAAUGACUGCUUUUAUGUAAUGCAUUGUGUUUCAGUUGAAUGUACAGAGGCAAUAUACUGGUGUCAUUAUGGAUAUAUGAGUUACAUCAAAAUAUAUGCCAUUUUUGGGCAGUUUAGCUUUUUAUAACUAUGAGCUGUGAUCCUUUUCUUUUGCAUAUGGGAAAAAAAUUUAAAUGUAAAAUUCAUAUUCUGUAUUCAUAUUUUAUUUUUGAAAAACACGCAUUAACAAAGUGGAUGGGGUACAAUUGCUACUGAUGGUGUAUAUGUGUACACUAUAGAAAAGGAAAGACUGCUGUGUUUUUGAAAGAUUGUACAAAUGCUGAUAAAGAGUGCCUAGUCAUUUUAUUGUUUUUUCCUUUUCUAUUAUAUACUUAAGAAUACAAAUACAUUGAUGGCUGUAGUACAGUGAAGGACAUUCCAUCUUUCAUAAAAAAGCAAGAAGAAAUUCAAGCAUUAUGUAUUAUCAAUGACCUGGAAUAACUAUGAACAGAAUUAGUACAAAGCAAGCUUAUUAUAUUUGAAAUACAGUACAUGGAGACAAGACCCAGCUUUGGUUUUGAUUUAGCUAGUCCUCAGAUGGUUUAAUCACGGGAGCCUAUUCUUAUCAUUGACUUGGGUGCAGUAGUGAUUGAGAGUCAAUCUGUCCAUCAAGUCUAAUCACAAUCAGGCUGUAGAAGAAUGGUCUGAUAUCACUAUGCAAUGAAAAACGUUUUCAGUUUGUGACAAAAUAGUUAUAGGCGCUGCAAUUUUGACCUGACCUGAGCAGUUGGACUGACAGUUACAUUUACCUUUAUGGAACUGCAUCUGAUUUUCUCAAGCAGCUAGUAGACUAAUUUCCAUAGUGCCAGAAUCUGUCCAGCUUAUUCAGAUAACAGUAUGGAGAAUGAAUGAAGCAAGUGUUUCCGAAGACUCACUUUCUCAUGUGCCUUACAAAAGGCUGUUUGUAACUGCAGGUAAACCAAAAUAGCCGGCAUGCUAAAUUCCUACCCAUGUUUGAUAUUCUUAAAUGCUGAUUCAUUGGGGGUUGUCUAAGAGAUGGCAAUGCCCUUUGGAAAUAAAACUUUUUAUUAAACACUG